AAGGUGUUUAAUAAUUAAAAUACUCCCAGUGAGCGGCAAUAACUACCACAACAAUAACACAAACAAUGGCGAAAUGCAAUUCGACGCGUCAAGUGAAUUAAGCGAUUUUUAAAGCUUUACGCUAAAUGAAAUUUGAAUUGCAAAAGUGUUCACUUGUGUGUGCAAAUUAAAUUACGCAAAUCAAAUAAAUGCUUUAACCGAAACCGGAGGAAAACGAAAUAAAUAAACAAACCAAUACAAAAAAUUCGAGCAAGAAUCAAACCCGAAAAUGUUGCCCAAAAAAAUCAAGCUACAAUUUGUGUAAACAAUUCAACGAAUACGUUUUCCCAUCUGCCACAGAUAAAUAGAGAUACAACACUUAACCAAACAAGCACCAAAUAGAAUAUAAACAAUAAUAAAAAAUGUUUAUUUUAACGGUAAUUAAAUUGCUGUUGAUAGCCUUAAAUAUAUUUCCCAGUCGAUUUACGAAUCGACGGAUUAUGUUUCUCAUCUACAUGACGAAUCUGGUGACACACGUCAUGAUGGAUGAGCCACGCUUUGCACAGCCGAUACCGAACGUCACCGUCGCCGUGGGUCGGGAUGCCAAUCUUCCCUGCGUGGUGGAGCAUCUGGGAGGCUACAAGGUUGCCUGGAUUCACAUUGACAGGCAAAUGAUUUUGACAAUCCACCGGCAUGUAAUAUCCAGAAUACCGCGCUACAGCAUCACCUACACGGAUAAUACGUGGCUGCUCCACGUGAAUCAGGCUCAUCAGGAUGAUCGCGGCUACUACAUGUGCCAGGUCAACACCAAUCCCAUGAUUAGCCAAGUGGGCUACCUACAGGUGGUGGUGCCGCCAAACAUUUUGGACAUCGAGAGCACACCGUCAUCGGUGGCUGUGCGUGAAAAUCAAAAUAUCAACAUGACAUGCCGGGCCGAUGGUUUUCCGGCUCCGAAAAUUAUUUGGCGACGUGAGGAUGGCGAGGAAAUUGCUGUUGAAAAGAAGAAAAAAGUGCUGGUUUACGAUGGUGAUGUCCUGCCACUGACCAAAGUGAGUCGCAACGAAAUGGGCGCCUAUCUAUGCAUCGCCACCAAUGGAGUACCGCCCUCAGUGUCCAAAAGGAUCAUUUUGGACGUGGAGUUUUCGCCAAUGAUUUGGGUGCCGAAUCAACUUGUUGGCGCUCCAUCCGGCACAGAUGUAACCAUCGAUUGCCACACGGAGGCGCAUCCCAAGGCCAUCAUCUAUUGGGUGUAUAACUCGGUGAUGGUAUUGCCGAGCAAGAAAUACAAAACCGACUACACGGAGAACUCCUAUCGUGCCCACAUGAAGCUGACGAUAAGAAACCUACAAUAUGGUGACUUUGGCAACUAUCGAUGCAUCUCGAAGAACUCACUGGGGGAAACGGAAGGCUCCAUACGUGUUUACGAAAUACCUUUGCCAUCCACGCCAUCCAAGCAGGUCACCCACACCACCGUCGAGUCCAGGGAGAACAAUAUUAUACCCUCAUCACGCAACGACACAACGAAAUCCAUGCAAACGGAUGUGGGAUAUGCCAUAAGAAACGAUUUAUAUCCUGGCUCGGCCUCCUCGUCCUCUGCCGGUCCUGGUGGCAGCUCCUCGGCGGCCUCCUCGUCCUCGACCUCGAUGCAGACAUCGGCCCUGCCGGGCGGCGGCGGUGCUCCCGGCAACAGUCUCUCCUCCUUGGGGGGCAGUUCCAAGGGCUCCCUGGCGAUAGGCAAGAGCAUGUUCUACACGGAACGACCACCGAAUGAGUACGCCUCGUCAGUGGCUGACAUGGUGCCUCAGAGAGCUCUGCUCAGCUGCUCGCUGCUGUUGGGGUCUGGAGUCUUUCUGGUCCUGCUUUGAAAUCAAUAAAUCGUGUUUGAGUUACUCAAUAAGCAUUUCGAAAAUGCAGCCAAAGGGGGUCUAGAACGGGGCGGGAUAGUUUAGGUACAUCAACAUAUUUCAUAGCUGAAAGUAUAUCAAAAACCCAAUAAUACGAGUAAACCAAAACGAAAAGAACAAGGAUGCUUCGAACAUGGCUAGCGCCAAGGCUACAAGAAUUUGUAAAAUUAUGGAAACGAAAAGCAAAAGGGAAAAGUAUUUUGCAAAAACUAUAAAAUGCUCAUUGUAUGUAUAAUACUUUUUGAAAUUGUAAGCUUAAGAUGGAUGUUCAUCCGGAAAUAUUACUUGUACAAUACGUAGACUAUGUUACCAAUAAGAUUAACUAUUAAUUUUUGAACUUUAUACAAA